UUGAACUUCCGCCAAAAAAGUAAUGUGUUUUCGCUGGUCAUGUUGUCACGAAGAAUUUUCAGUGCAAUUGGCAGUUUUUCAAGUUCGAUUUUGUCGACACGCACAGUUCUGCUGAAUGGAGUGAUAAGCAGAGCUGAGCUGUGUCUAUCUUGUCACUUGCUUGAUGCAGAAAAAGAGAAGAAAGCACGACCACCAUUGACAGACAGAGAAUUCGAAGGAAAGCCUGGCUACCUAGUAGUCAAAGCCCCACUUGAGAAAUGUAUCGAGUACCUGAAAAGUGAAUCAUACAAGGCAGUUUAUGGAGAUGACCCAGUAUGGAAGAAUUACCGACGCAAUGUGGUCGGGACCUACGCUAUUCGACUGAGGACAACUUGUAUUAGGAAGGGAAUUAUUUCCACUGGUAGUGCCUGCCCUAUAUGUCGUGAUGACUACCUCAAGUUUGACUAUCGGCACACAGAGUUAUUGAAGCAAUUUGCUGCCCCGGAAACGCUUCAGGCAAUGAACCCCAAAAUUACAGGGCUAUGUGAGAAACAGUACAAAAAUCUCCAAAUAGAACUCAUGAAGGCCAAGGACAGAGGUACUCUGGAGAAGUAUUAUGUACCCCGGGUGUACAACAUGAAAUAUUACAAAGGAGCUGCCAAACAGCAGUCCCUGCUCCUACAACAAGAGCAAGCCGAGUUAGAUAAAAACACUUCAGAUGUAUAUGUGCAGUCUAAAACGUGAAAGUGUGUGCUUGUCUGUGUUUUUUGGCUAUGAAAAAUAAAAUAUACACAUAAA